AUGCCCGAGAGGAAGGUCGGCUCCGCCGAGGGGGCGGCGAAGGAGGAGCCCAAGAGGAGGUCGGCGAGGCUUUCAGCAAAACCUGCUCCUGCAAAAGUGGAAACGAAGCCAAAAAAGGCGGGAGGAAAGAAUAAAUCUUCAGACCAAAAAGUGCAAACAAAGGGGAAAAGGGGAGCAAAGGGAAAACAGGCUGAGGUGGCUAACCAAGAAACGAAAGACUUACCUGCAGAAAAUGCAGAAACUAAAAAUGAGGAGAGUCCAGCCUCCGAUGAAGCAGGAGAGAAAGAAGCCAAGUCUGAUUAA